GCAUUUCCAAGUGUUCAGUGCGUGAUCGACGCUCAGACCUGCAACUUGUGCCUCCGGAAAAAAAGAGGCAGACAGACAGCGCGAUAGUGCGAAAGUCGGGUGAUUAGAAAACAUUAUUGUAGUAAAACCAAACGAAACAAUAAAUUAUCAGCAGCAGCGGGCAGUGAUAAGCAUAGUUUCCACAAUCCCUUCAAUUUGCUCUUAUCACCAACUGAAAGUUGGCUUCUUCGACUAUAAAAAGAGAACUCUCUUAAUCAUGCAGCCAGUUCUGGAAGUGAGCAUAUACACUCUGCUAAGAAUGGCGUUCAUUUGGCAGCUGAUCUCGGCGGCAAUCUAUAUAGUGGGUUCCCUGACUAUCGCCGCAUUUCUGUACGACAACCUAAAGUCCUUGAUCAGUAUCAUCAAGGCUGUCCUGGAACCCUACUUCCAGCCGCAGUUGCCGAAGACUCUGGUCGAAAAAUUCGGCCAAUGGGCAGUUGUGACGGGUGCCACCGAUGGCAUUGGAAAGGAAUAUGCCAGGGAGCUGGCUCGUCAGGGUCUCAACCUGGUGCUCAUCUCGCGGACGAAGGAAAAGCUGAUUGCCGUCACCAAUGAGAUUGAGAGCCAGUACAAAGUGAAAACCAAGUGGAUUGCUGUGGAUUUUGCCAAGGGACGACAGGUUUACGAUCAGAUCGAAAAGGAACUGGCGGGAAUUGAUGUCGGCAUUUUGGUUAACAAUGUGGGCAUGAUGUACGAACAUCCCGAAAGCCUUGACCUUGUGUCGGAGGACCUGCUGUGGGAUCUCCUAACCGUCAAUAUGGGAUCGGUUACGAUGAUGACCCGAAAGGUCCUGCCGCAGAUGAUUGGCCGCGGAAAGGGAGCCAUUGUCAACCUGGGAUCCUCCUCGGAACUGCAACCCCUGCCAAAUAUGACUGUCUAUGCGGCAAGCAAAAAGUUCGUUACGUACUUUUCCAAAGCCCUGGAACUGGAGCUCGCCGAGCACAACAUCCAUGUGCAGUUGUUGAUGCCCAACUUUGUGGUAACCAAAAUGAACGCCUACGCCGAUCGGGUGAUGCAGGGCGGUCUGUUUUUCCCCAACGCCUAUACCUAUGCCCGCUCCGCCGUCUUUACACUGGGAAAAACGAGUGAGACGAACGGUUUCUGGUCUCACGGGAUACAGUAUGCCUUCAUGAAGUUGGCCCCCCUGCCGAUUCGCACAUACCUGGGACAUCAACUCUUCAAGCGCCUGAGAAUCGAGGCCCUCGAGCAAAAGCAAAAGAAACUGAAGCUUUUUUAACUUGUUAAGCUAGAUUAGGAGUCAUGUAAAUAUUUGGUUUGUAGUCGUAAGGCUUAAACUAUAUACUAGAAAAUAACUUUGUACAAAAGCCAUGAAAAAAUAAAAAGAUAAAAUAAAAGAUAAAA